UGAAAUAAAAAGAAUUGUUUCAAAAGUAUGUGAUAAACUACCAGCUUCUAUCAAUGCAACUUGUUUGGCUUUCGUGGAUACUUAUGGAGAUGCGAUUUGUUCGUUAUUAGCCCAAGAAUUUGACCCCUCAAUAAUUUGCCCAUUAAUUCGAGUUUGUCCUGCACCUCAAGAUGUGAAAGACGUCGAAACAUUCAAAGAAAUUGUCGGCGGGGAUCAACCCAAAUGUCCCAUGUGUUUAUUCGCAGUAACCAAAUUGGAAGAAAUGAUUAAAGACGAUAAAACGGAGGAAUCCAUAGAAAACGCUUUAAACAAGCUUUGUAGCCAUUUUAAUGGAAAAAUUAAACUCGAGUGUCAAGAUUUUGUUACAACUUACAGCAGAACGUUGAUAAAUUUAUUAAUCGACGAUUUAAAACCACAAAACAUUUGCGUUGCACUAAAAUUAUGCAACGAAAAAGCUCCUGAUAAACCAAUAACCCCCAUACAUGUCGAAGAUGUUGAAAUACUAACCAACGAAAUUCCCGAUCAUACCAAAAACGGAGUUUCUUACGUUGAAGCGAAACAAGUUGAAAAUAAACCUCAAUGUGUUAUUUGCGAAUUUGCAAUGACCAAAUUGCAAAAUUUACUUCAAAAUAAAACGACGGAACAAGAAAUUGAAGAUGCCGUUUUGAAAUUAUGCGAUGAUUUACCAAAAUCCGUUCGUGGUGAAUGCAAAAAAUUCGUAAAUACAUACGCAGAUUUGGUUAUACAGUUAUUAAUUGGUACUUUAAAACCAGAUGAAAUUUGCGAAUACAUUGGUCUUUGCGAUAAAAAUGGUCGAAACGUCGAAGUACAACCAAUAGAACCUAAACCAGAAGUUCAAAAUUUAAAAUCGCCACAAUGCGUUUUAUGCAAAUUAUUAAUGACUCAAAUUGAGAAAUAUAUAAUUGGGCCAGUUACAAAGGAAGGAGUAGAAAAUGGACUUAGGAAAAUUUGCAAUACUUUACCUAGAUCAGAUAAGAAAUCAUGUUACGAUUUCGUUAAAAAGUAUGGUGAUAUAAUUGCUACACUGUUAAUUCAAGCUACCAAUCCGGCAGAAGUUUGUUCGUUAACAUUUUUAUGCGCCGAUAACGAUAAAGUUUUAACAGAAAUAAGAACUUGCGCAACAUGUGAAGCUCUCUACAUAAAUGUAGUAAACGGGAUGUUAAACGGAAUGGAAAAAGUUGAGGACGCUUGUGAAUUACUUGAGGAUCCAUAUAAGCCCGAAUGUCUUCAAAUUGCUAAUAAACAUGCAGUUACGUUGGUGAGAAGUGCAUUUUAUCAAACGGACGUAACUUCCGUUUGUCACGGAUUAGAAUAUUGUAAAGGUCCCAGUAAUUUGGGACGCAUCCAAAGAGAGAUUCAACUCUAAAACUAAAAACGUUUACGAGACUUAUUUUAGUUCCUAAUUAGAGUUGAAACCAAAGCGUUAAUGGAUUUAAUGAUAUUUACUGUUGAAUUAAGCUAGAUUUAGAUUUUUGUAUACGAAAAUUUUGAUUUUUCACAAACAGUUUACGAGUGUGAUACCAUGAAAAUUAUAUAGACUUGCCAUAUUUUUGAUGUAAUUGAUGUAAACUGUAAUGAUUUGG